CUAGGGUGUCCGAAAUCCAGGAACUAACAGAACACUGUUCCUGGCGCUUUGUGGACUCGGAGAACAAUCCUGCCGAUGACCUCACUCGUGGCCAGAGCCUGACAUCCCUCACUGAACCAAGCAGAUGGUCACAGGGUCCCCCAUUCCUCCUCCAAGAUUCAGCCUCUUGGCCUGUGAGUCCCAUUAUGGAACCCCCCUCGGACACCACAGAGCUGCGCAAAUCAGUCUUUUGUGGAUCUACCACGACUUCCUCAGUAGUUUCCAGUCUGGACUGUCAGACUUAUAAUACCUGGCAAGAACUCCUUGAUACUAAGGCACAGGAGAUCCAGUCACUCACAGAUUCUAGCAGUCCACCAAGCGCUGAGAGCUAUAGCCAAGCAGAAGCCCUCAUACUGAAGGUUGCACAGCAGGAUUCAUUCCCAGAGGACUAUCAGAACCUGAUGGCUGGGAAACCAGUGUCCUCUAAGAGUCGCCUGCUCACAAUGUCUCCUGAGAUGGAUAAGACGGCUGAGCUGAUUCGGGUCGGUGGUAGGCUGAGACGAGCUGAAAACCUGGAUCAGGCAACAGUACACCCUGUGGUCUUGGAUGCCUCACACCCCAUCACAAGACUGCUCAUUAGUGACUAUGACAGUCGGUUGCGCCACCCCGGACCAGAACGCGUCUUUGCUGAGAUGCGUCGAUCAUUUUGGAUUCUCCGUGGACGGGAAGCCAUACGCAAGCAUCAGUACCACUGUCCUGAUUGCCAGCGUUGGAGAGCCAAGCCUACUAACCCCAAAAUGGCUGACCUGCCCUCUGCUCGCCUUCGUCUCUAUAAGCCAGCAUUCUAUUCAACAGGAGUGGAUUGUUUUGGCCCAUUCUUAAUUAAGAUAGGUAGACGCACUGAGAAACGCUGGGGCAUCAUCUUUAAGUGCAUGACCGUGCGAGCUGUUCACCUGGAUCUACUUAGUCACAUUGAUGCCGAUUCCUUUCUCAUGGCGCUGAGGCGUUUCAUCGCUCGCCGUGGUACACCAUCCGAAUUGUGGUCUGACCAAGGCACCAAUUUCAGAGGUGGGGAACGGGAGCUGCGAGAGACCUUUGAAGGAAUGGCUCCUGAGCUACAGAAACAGCUUGCCCGUCAGAAAAUAGCUUUCAGGUUCAAUCCCCCAGCUGCCCCACAUUUCGGUGGUGUUUGGGAAAGGGAGGUUCGCUCCGUCAAGUCUGCACUUUAUGCCACCUUGGGGAAUCAAUCGGUGCCGGAAGAGGUCCUACUAACGGUCUUGCUGGAAGUGGAGCUCAUUCUCAAUUCAAAACCAUUAGGGUACGUCUCAGCUGACGUUGCUGACGCUGACCCUGUAACACCCAACAGCCUACUCAUGGGGCGGCCUGACGGAUCCCUACCACAGGUAGUUUAUCCUGAGACCGAACUACUGAGUCGGAGGCGAUGGAGACAUGCCCAAGUGUUAGCCGAUCAGUUUUGGGCACGUUUCAUCCGCGACUACCUCCCGAGUUUGCAGACGAGGCAGAAGUGGACUCUAUCCCCACCAAACCUAAAGGACCAGGCGGUUGUGAUGAUCAUGGAUCCUCAUCUACCUCGGGCCUUGUGGCCCAUUGGACAUGUCAAGGCAAUCCAUCACAGUGACGAUGGUCGUGUCAGAUCUGCUGAUGUGAACAUUAAAGGACAAGUCUACACUCGACCAGUGUCCCGGUUGGUGAUCCUACCUGCCCUUCCAUCAGGAGACGAUGACGACGUUCCCAGCUCAACCCAUCCCAGCUGAUGCAAGUCACCUUUUCCUGAGAUCAAAUGUGCUCUGCACAUUUGGGGGCGGCUGUAGAAAAGGCUCCUGGGACUAAUUCAGUUAACAGUUGCAUUUAUAUUUGUGGUCACUAGUUUCUGUUUGUAUUUCAUUCAUUCUUUGUAAAUUGUGUGACUAUCUCUUUAAGUAACAAUGACCUAUUGGUAAAUGCGGAGUCACAUGUUCAUUGCGCAGCAAUUCCCCGCGAAAGUGUUCAGUAAGAAGAAGAAGAAGACGGUGAAAGUUAGUUUCUAGUUAUCCCAUGCAGAUCAUUUUCCUUUGGCCAUAUUGAAGUUGCCACCGAGUGCUAGUGAAUGACAUUAUACUAUAUUGCAUUCGGAGGUAAAGAAUAAUAUAAAUCCAAAUCCUGUCUCAUCAUUGUGUUUUGACUGACACACCGGGAGUCUUUACGACCACA